UUGGGCGGGAGAUCAAUACCAUAAUUUAAAGGGACGGAAUUGUCAAAAAGCGCAUAAAACCUAACCUCCACAAGAAGGUAGUACAUCAGAAAUAGUACAUGGUGAUAUAUACACAUAUAUUUAUUUAUUUCGUAUACAACAUGAACAAUUUAUUGAAACAAGUGAAUCUACUUUACGAACAGGAGCUCUAUUCAAACGUGGAGCAUUUGGUUCAUCUUGCAUUAACAUUCUCAGAACAGAAGCAAGAUGUUGCACCAUAUACAAAGUUUCAGCUGUACAUAUACUAUGCUGAUUCAUUGUUCCACCAGCAAAACUAUGUAUUGGCUGAUAAUGCCUACAGUCAGGCAUUGCAGAUCAGAAAGUAUAUCCUGAAGACAAAAAAUACUACAAAGAUUCCAGACACACAGAAGGAAAUAUUGAGUGAUAUGGAAAUUAAAUAUAAGAUGUACAAAUGCUGUGUGAAGAUGAAACAAACGAAAAAGGCCAUUGAGCUGUUACAGAGUAUAUCAGCUAGAAAUCGGAGUGCUAAGGUCAAUAUGGCUUUAGGGGACUUGUACAAGAAGACAGGGUUUGAUAGAAGUGCUAUUACAUGUUAUAAGGAGGUGCUGCGGGAGAACCCUGCAGCUUUAGAAGCUGCAGAAAGUUUGCUCAAAUUAGGUGUUAAGGGAACAGAGGUGAAUGCAAUGAUGCUGGAUGCAACCUCAGAGUUGGGAUGGAUCAACUCAUGGAUGCGAGGGUUAGCCCAAAUGCAUUCAAGGGACUUCAGCAAUGCGAUCACUACUUUUCGAAGUAUAGAGUUGUUGCAGGACAACACGAUUUUAAUGACGGCCAAAGCUUACUGUUAUUUAUACCUUUGCGAUGAGAAGAGGGCAUUAGCGGAGUUGCAGAGGGCCGUCCUCAGAGAUCCCAAUAUGAUACAUGGUCGAGAUCUGCUUGCCAACUUGCUAGCUAACAGCAGCGACAAAGAACACCUGAAGGAAUUGGAGCGACUGAUGCACGUGGACAUUGACAUAGCACAUUGGUCUUGUGAGCAUUGGAUAGUUUUGGGAUGGUAUUGGUUUGCAACAAAGAAGUACGAGAAGGCUGCGCACUUUGCACGACAAGCAUGUCUGAUGAACAGGAAGAACGUUGAAGCGCUGCUGUUAAUGGCACACACCCUAAUGCAAAUAACGAAAUACCUAGAUGCGCUUCUGAAUUUCAAGGAUGCCGUACGUUAUUGUCCGUACAGGUUUGAUGGUCAUAAAGGCUUGGUAGAAUGCAAUUACGCUAUGCGGAGGAUCAGGGAAGGAUUAACGAUGGCGGCGAAUGGAUGCAAGCAAUUGAAUAAUAGUCCGCAAUCGUUAACCCUUUACGCGUCCGCCUUGAUGAAGGAUGUUACUUCAGUGAGUACAGGGAAGGUGCAAAGUUUAUUGGAUCGCGCGUUAACUGCCGAUCCUUCGUACACGCCCGCAAUCUACUUGCUGGCCGAGCAUUUAGAGCAGGAGCAAAGGCACGAAGAGUCCUGCACGAUAUUGCUGAAGCACGUGGAGAAGUACCCAACGUCGAGAACGCAUCAACUCCUGGCAAAUUGUUAUGCUCGUUUGCAAAAAGAUGAGGAGGCUUUCACACAUUUCAACGCUGCGCUGCGUCUGGAUCCGCAUAACCAGCGCGCGACGGAGGGCCUGAAUGGCUUGGGACGGUCCCCCAAGUUGGAAUCCAGUUUUUAUAUGUCUGUGACCGGAGAGAGCAGCAGUUACGCGUCACAAGGACCCAGCAUACCCACGGACGAACUGGACGAGAGCGAUUCUGAUCCAUGGCCCUCGCACUCGGAUUUCCUCUCCUACGACUGAUCUUCCACUCGAGCACAACAAAACCAGUGGUGAAUAAAGCGAAAGGAGAGGACGCACCUUCAAUUUAUUAAUCGACAACAACAUUCUUAAAAAAAUACAAUCCAUCUUCGUUUCUUAAUGUAUUCAAUAAGCGAUUAUUUAAUCAUGUUUUAGAAACAGAGAUCGAUUUAAGUAUUAUUAUUAUUAUAUCUUUUUUAUUGGUACAAUAAAACUCAUUUCAAAU